AUGGCCACCAUCCCCCCAGGAAUCUGCAAACAGCCCUCUCAACUAUUUCGGACGCUCCCCAAACCUGGGAUCUAUUACCUCCCCUGCCAAGUUCCGGACGUGGGCACACUGAGAACAUUCGGCGGGCUGUGGCUCUGUGACAUGACUCAAUCCCGAAUGACCCUGGGGGCUCCGCACGGAUCCGAGCACAGGAUCCUGGUCUGCUCCAAGUUGGUGGAGCUGUUCCAAGCCCAGUUAGCCUCCCAGUACCUUGUCCUUGGGGAGCUCGAAUACCAGAAAUGGAAGAACAACAUCUGAUAGGCAUCAGACGGAGGCUCCAUGGGGAAGGCCUGGGUACUGACUUGUGUGAAAGGAAUGCAUCUACCCUUGUUAGAACAAGCCCUCCAGGAGCAGAGGAGGUGCCAGCAAGAGACGGGGAGCAGCCAGUGA